AUUUCUCUUCUGGGUGCAGAGCUUAAAGCUGCCUUCAUUGCACCCUAUGUAGGCAUUGCUGGUUGCAGUCACCACCGAUGUUCCUGCAGCCUCAGCUUACUAUGAUAUGACAGCUUCCCGCUCAGUUUCUGAGUGUCUCCAUCAGGGAUCAUUACAUAGGAAACAUGGUCCUCUUUACUGUCAGGCAGGCAAUCAGAUGUCAUUGUUCCACAUCCCCACAGAAGGGAAGGUGACUACUCAGCAGGGCUGAGUGAGAUGGCCUCACAGCCCAGCCAGCAGGGCUCACCAGGAUGGAGCUCUCCAGGAGGUUGAUUCAGCUGUGAUGCAGACAAAUGAGAGGCCAGGGCGCAAGGAUCAGACGCUCAAGAGCAGCUUGGUGAUAAUAAGGUGUUUUGUUCCUGGUGCUGCUGGUGUCUCACAGCAGCACAGCCUUAGCCAAGUGACUUCUUUAGCUCCUGCCACCUCCAUUUUUGACACAUAUAUCCUAAAGUCUGUGCCAAGUAGCAACUUAUUGUUGAGUCCUCUGCUCUUGUUGGCUAGCCUCUGCAGAAAAGAAAUCACCUCCCAGGCCCAAUCUUGAGAGGUGAUUAUGAGCUUGCUGACCUCAUGUCAUUAUCCAGAUGGUUUCAUGUUAGUGCAGCCCUUUAGUAACACCUGUGAAGCAAGUAAGCCAAUAUCCAGACUGCCUAGAACAGAACUUGGAGCACCUCAGGGCUACAGUAGUCUACAUAACAGACAAACCCAAGUGUCUUCCACGGAAGCCACUUUACCUCCAGUGCAAAGUAGGAACUGAGGGGAAGCCCAAGUCUCCCUUUCCCCAGGUACUCAAACGGCUUGGGUUCUGCCAGCCUUGUGUCCACAGUGGAGUAAACAUGUUGGUUUGUGUGUUAGUGUUGAGUGUGUUCCAGGAAUAGCAUUCUGGAUGUGGGAACCAGCCGAGCAGAGUCCCUGAGAACAGGGAGCUCAAUGAAGGGUAUCGUGUUCCUAUACCAGAGGUGAUCUACCUCCAGGAGCAUCGGCAGGGAGUAUGGAUGGUGAAGAGAGACCUCUCCCAAAGCCCCUGCACAGGUGAAGAAGUAAAGUCCACUGACUCCUCAAAACCCAGUGCUUCUCCAUGGACUUUCUAUUUCCAAGAACAACUGUCACAGAGAUCCUCAGAGGACUUCAAGGUAGGGCAGACCAAGGAUAAAGAAACAUGGUCAGAAAUGCCAGGUGGGACCACAAGGACAACAGACUCUUCCAAGAAGACAUGCCCUGGAGAGCUGGCUUAUAAUCAUGAGGCUUUGGAGACAGAUGAUGGUCUCUGUUUACAAGUCUUUCAGGAGCAAGCCACUCCACGAGAUUCUUACCAUGCACAUGAUUCUCAAGGACCAGAAAAAGAGCCUGUGGUUGAUGUAGGGAGCCUUUAUCAGUGUAAAGACUGUGGGAAAGUGUUUAGGAACAAUCGGACCUUAGUACGGCACCAGCAGAUUCAUGCUGGAGCAAAGCCUUAUGAAUGCAGUGUGUGUGGGAAAAUCUGUCGUUCCACGGCUGGCUUUGUUCAGCAUAUGAGGAUUCACACUGGGGAGAAGCUACAUAAGUGCGUCGAGUGCGGGAAGGCCUUCAAGCGCAGUUCUCACCUCACUGAGCACAUGCGGCUGCACACCGGAGACAAACCCUACGAGUGCGCAGAAUGUGGGAAGACCUUCUCCCAUCGCUCCACUUUCCUCCAGCACAAGGGGACGCACUCUGCAGAGAAGCCGUUCCUGUGCAAAGAGUGUGGGAAAGCUUUUUGCUACAGCUCCUCGUUUGUUCAGCAUUUGAAGAUUCACACUGGAAAGAAGCUGUACGAGUGCGGCCAGUGUGGAAAGUCCUUUAUUCACUCCUCCACAUUGGUGAAGCACAAGAGAACCCACACUGGAGAGAAGCCCUAUGAGUGCAAAGACUGUGGCAAAACCUUCACUCACCACUCGACGUUUCUCCACCACAGCAUGACCCAUACCGGGGAAAAGCCCUUUGUGUGCAAAGAGUGUGGGAAAGCGUUUUGUGUCAGCUCAUCUUUCAUGCAGCACAUGCGGAUCCACACUGGAGAGAAGCCAUACGAGUGCAGUGAGUGUGGAAAGGCCUUUACCCAGCGCUCCACUUUUAUCAGGCAUCAGAGGACCCAUACUGGAGUGAAGCCCUUUGAGUGCAAAGACUGUGGAAGGGCCUUCGGUGACAACUCUUCUCUGAUUCAACACACGAGGCUUCACACUGGCGAGAGGCCCUAUGAGUGCGAUGAAUGUGGGAAGGCCUUCACCCACCACUCGGUUUUCAUCCGACACACUAGAACCCACAGUGGAGUAAAACCCUUGGAAUGCAAAGAAUGCGCAAAAGCCUUCUACUAUAGCUCUUCCUUCAUCCGACACAUGCGGAUCCACACUGGAGAGAAGCCUUAUGUUUGCAGAGAAUGUGGGAAAGCCUUCACUCAACCUGAAAACUUUCUCCGGCAUAGUAGGAUCCACACUGGAGAGAAACCUUUCGAAUGCACAGUAUGUGAGAAGGCCUUUUAUGACAACUUUUCCUUAAUUAGGCACAUGAGAACUCACACUGGAGAAAAGCCCUUUGAAUGCAUUGAAUGUGGGAAGACCUUCAGCCAUAAUUCAUCCUUUAUCCAACACCAAAAGAUUCAUACCAGGGUUUAAAAGAUAGGGGCAGUGUUUCCCUUCAUCCAUUUGAACAAGCAUAUGGUAGAAAAAUACUUUUCAAUGUUACUAUCAGGGAAAAUCCUAUGGCCAGAGAAAUAAUUUAGUUUCUGGAAUUCAUACUGAAGAGACACUUGAUUGUCAUCGCUAUAACAGCUUUCUGUCACAGGUCAUCACUUGCUGUCUAAAGAAUCAGGCCAGCCUAAGCUUUGCACACUAUCUGAGAAUUAUCUGGAGUAAAACCCAGUUUUGUUUGCAUUUGGUUAAAUGCCAGAAAUAAUCAUCCUUUUAUUCAUCAAAUCUAACUUGAGUAUUUUAAAGCAACACGUAACAAUAGAGGGGGAGAUAGAUGAGCAAAGGUGAAAAAAAAGGUUUGCAUGACCUCUCUGAUUUUCCUAGGAAGCAAUAGAAUUGUCAUGGUAACACAAGAGACCUAAAAGACCUCACCCCCAUGUGUUUUCACACUGCCAAAAGAAUUGCACCAUUAAGGGCUUUGUGCCAACAUUUCUUUUUAUUUUUAAUGUUUUUUAGUUUUUCAAGACAGGGUUUCUCUGUUUAACUGACUGUCCUGGAACUCACUUUGUAGAUCAGGCUGACCUCAAACUAACAAAUAUCUACCUGGCUCUGCAUCCCAGAUGCUGGGAUUAAAGGUGUGCACCACUAC